CCUUUUCAGUUGACCCCAAAGAACACCCCCGAGAUGGCAGAGGAGAGUAGCAGUAACCGAGAUUGUGAUUCCUUCAGCGUGCUCAACUGGGAUCAGGUGAGCCGGUUGCAUGAGGUCUUGACAGAGGUCGUCCCCAUUCAUGGACGAGGCAACUUCCCUACCUUGGAGAUAACUCUGAAGGACAUUGUCCAGACAGUCCGCAGUCAACUGGAAGAGGCCGGCAUCAAAGUACAGGACGUCCGGCUCAAUGGCUCUGCUGCGGGCCAUGUCCUAGUCAAAGACAAUGGCUUGGGUUGCAAAGAUCUGGACCUCAUCUUCCAUGUGGCUCUUCCAACCGAGGCCGAGUUUCAACUGGUCAAGGAUGUGGUGCUGUGUUCCCUCCUGAACUUCCUGCCAGAAGGGGUCAACAAGCUCAAAAUCAGCCCUGUCACUCUGAAGGAGGCCUAUGUCCAGAAGCUGGUGAAGGUCUGUACGGACACUGACCGCUGGAGUCUCAUCUCCUUGUCCAACAAGAAUGGAAGGAACGUGGAGCUGAAGUUUGUCGACUCCAUCCGACGCCAGUUCGAGUUCAGCGUGGACUCCUUCCAGAUCAUCCUGGACCCUUUGCUCAUCUUCUACGACUGCUCCAGUAGCCCCAUCUCUGAGCACCUGCACCCCCAGGUGAUCGGGGAGAGCGUCUAUGGGGACUUUGAGGAAGCUUUGGACCAUCUUCAGAAAAGACUCAUCGCCACCAAGAACCCCGAAGAGAUCAGGGGUGGAGGGCUACUCAAGUAUAGCAACCUCCUGGUCAGGGACUUCAGGCCUACAGACCAGGAAGAAAUCAAGACUCUGGAACGUUAUAUGUGCUCCAGGUUUUUUAUCGACUUCCCAGACAUCCUUGAACAGCAAAGGAAGCUAGAGACCUACCUCCAGAACCACUUCGCCGAAGAGGAAAGGAGCAAAUAUGACUACCUCAUGAUCCUUCGCCGGGUGGUGAACGAGAGCACCGUGUGUCUCAUGGGGCACGAGAGGAGACAGACCCUGAACCUCAUUUCCCUCCUGGCCUUGCGUGUGCUGGCUGAGCAGAACAUCAUCCCCAACGCCACCAACGUCACCUGUUACUACCAACCCGCCCCCUAUGUCAGCGAUGGCAACUUCAACAACUACUAUGUGGCCCACCCUCCAGUGACCUAUACUCAACCAUACCCAACUUGGCUGCCCUGUAACUAACUGUGAGACUUGGGGCUCCCUUAGUGGGAACCCCCAGAGGCUAGGGCUCUCAGGUAGGGGAGCCUCCUUCUAGUUGUAGGUGUUUGGCUUUUAAAGGGGAACUCAGCUCUGG